GUAAGGCUGACGCAUCAGCAGUUGUAAUCGAACCUGUGACAGAAGUGGCGUAUUUUUCUUUAUAAGUCAGUGUUUCUGUUAAGGAUUGUACUGGAAUAGUUACUAGAAUAGAUAAGUGUAGGUGUUACUGCGAAUUUUUAAAAUACAUUAACUUUACAUUCUUCAUAGGCAUAAUAAUGCCUGCCUAGAUGGAUAAAAAUCUUUCCACCUUUUUUUUAAACAAACUUGAACGAUUACAAUUCCAUAAAAAGAACGGGUGAAUUUGUAGAUGAGCUACUCCCUCUCCGAUUUUGAUGAUUUUUAAAUAUGUUGUGAAAUUCGUCAUUUUAAGCAACUUUCUUCCUCUAAGCUAUAUGUUGGACUCGAUUAGUUUGCAAGAUAUUCGCGAAAGAAUAUUGUUACUACUACAGCGAAUUCUGCCUAUAUGUAUGCGCCCGUGGCCAUGUGUGUGCCGGCUCUCUUGCCUAUCGUUUCUGUAAGCAACAGCGUGUGGUCCGACUCGUAAUCAUACAACGGAAUGGAAGAAACACGUCAGGAGGCACUAUUCAGAGAACCAUCGGAAAUAUCGUUGGGAGCUCCAAACGGUGUACCUUUUGAUGACGAUACUAAAGAAAUGCUGCGGAAAUGCAUCGACGUGUCGAUACCGACACCCACGAGCCUGCCACAAAUCAUCAAACAAAGCGAAGCUUUUCCUCUCAAAUUUCCAAUUGACACGAUGAGAUGUUCCGCUUUGAGAAAUAGAGGAGUUAGCACGGAUAUCCUUGAGAUGAACGCGAAUUCCGUUUAUCCCUUAAUACAUGAAGCGAUGUUACCAUUACUUGCUCGAUGGUUAAAACACAAACGAAAGUAUGGAAGUAUUAUAGAGAGAGCGAUGUAUCAGGAUAUGGGAUUAGUAGAGUUCAUUCAGAGGCUAUUAGAUAAACGAGCCGUGUAUUUCUUCGGAGCGAAGGAUCGAUGGAAAUUGAUCGAUGGUAAGACAGGCGUAGGGAAGUGGGAGAACGUUGGCACGGACCAUGAAAAAGACCCUUUGGUGCUAUCGAAAUGUUUGUCCUACGAUGAAAUUAAACUAUCCGCAAUGAUGACGAUGUCUUCUCACACUGAAUUCAUAAAUAACGGCUCUCGAAAGAAUAAAGGCGUCUUGACCACCGAUCCUGACUCUAUAGAGCCGAGAGGAGUGAUUAUAGGUGUCGUGGGAUCAAGGCUUGUACGACCAGACGUAAUGGAAUGCCAAGACAUACUUAUUACUCCUUCACAAAACACUGUGGAUAAUGGGUAUGGACCCUCAGCAACGAUAAAUUCGGAAAAGGUGCAUGAUUUGAGGGUUACAUGGGCAAAUUUUUACGGUGAAAAGUAUCAUCCACUCUAUGAGGAAACUUUCAAGCGGAUUAUAUCGAAAGACAAUAAAAGAUACCUUUCUGUGGCCAAUCUGAGUAUUUUUGACAUCGAGAAUUACAUGAAAAGGACUCUAGUAACGGUGGAGAUUAUACUUUUCGAAACAAAUAAUCGAGCUGAAAAACAGAACAUGAAAGCAUUUUUGCACGUUGUAGGCUUUGGUCUUGGUGUGUGGAAAAUACACCCAGAUCAAGAAAAAUACUUUCUAAAGACGUUCGAAAUCGCCAUAAAAAAGAUGAACAAGAAACUCAGAUAUAUAUCCGACAUAAUGUUCUCGUAUUUCCAUGAAACGAAAUGUGGUGAUGCAGGAAACGGCGACUACCUCGGAAAUAUAAGGAUUCACUUUGCUAAGAGGGAACCUCACAGCAAAUUGUCAAAAGCAACGGAUGCUAAGAAGCUUCUCGUAGUAACAUAUGCUUGGGAUGGAAAUACGCUACCAGGAAAUGAAUUCUGGAAAGGAUAUUUAGCAUCGAGCGGUGAUCCUGCGGCAGCUUGUAGUACUCAGAUCACAGAAUUGCACACUGUCAGAAUAAAUCCCCAAGCUUGCGGCGCCAGUUUGCAUGUCGCGUCGGCUGAGCAUGGUAUCUUGCACAUAUCUGAUUAUGCGAAGUUGCAUCUUGAUCAGACGAAGACGAAGGCCUGUUCGACAUACACCAGUCAACGAAAGAGACAUAAAGGAGAAGAGGCACACGGAAGUACUCACAAUUAGUGCACACCAAUAAACUAGAUUCUUCUAGAUGGAGCGCGUUACUAUGUAAGAUGCGAGAUUAUGGUAUUUGUAAAACACGCCAACAACUAUUUAAAGAUUACGCCUUCUUAUGACAAGUACUUUUACCAUAUACAUGUAUAUUUUCGUACAUUAAAAUUUUAUUCAUUAUUGUAAUAAA